AUGUCUCAAUAUAAUUAUUAUCAACUCAGUGAUAAAACUUUGGAAAAGAUCAAACAAUCUGAUUUUGAAAAACAAGAAAGAGGUACCGGCAGUCAAAGUUUUAAACAAAAUAAAACAAAACAAAUUGUCAAACCAAACCAAUCUAAAAGACGAACGCCCAAAGAGAUAAAAAUCUAUCGUGGUAAACUUUUGAAGGAAAGAGGAUUUACCCUUUUGAAAGAAGAGGACAUCAAAGCUCGUAAAUUGGACAAAAUCUCAAUGAUGUGUAAAGAUGGGCACAUUGUAAACAAAAGUUUUCAUGAUAUUCGAAGGUCCACAAACUCUUGUAGAGAAUGCCGUCUCGAAGCCACCAAGGCAAAUUGGGUUGAACGUGCAGCAGAGAAAGGGUGUACUCUCGACCCAAAUUCGGUCAAAGGAAAGAAGGCAACCUUUGUAUGCAACAAGAUUAAUCACAGUGAAAAACAAACGAUUAAUUUUCUAUACUAUAUCGACAAAAGAAUAGUUCUUUGCAAAUUUUGCACCAUAGAUGUGAAAACUUCUCGUGUUGUUGGUUGGGUAGAGUCGCAUAAAGGGAGAAUGGCAGAUCCCAACUAUGAGUGCAAAAAAUUUUUACAAGAAGCAUCGUAUUAUUGUAGUAAAAAUCACCCCAACACCAAAACCAUCAAGGAAUUGACAAGACACGACUACCUUCCUUGUGGGGAAUGUAACAAUACACGUUCCAAUGGUGAAAUGGCUGUUGAAAAGUAUUUACAGAAACAUGAAUUGUCAUUCGCGGCAGAACACACUCCAGUCUCACUCAACAGACUUUGCUAUGAUUUCAAGUUGAAUGACCAUCAAGUUCAUAUUGAAUUUGAUGGUCAACAACAUUUUGAUCCAAAGAGUUUCUCGUAUUUCAACAAAACAUCGGAUGGAUUCGAUAGACAGAGACAAAGGGAUUUGGUAAAAAAUCAAUAUUGUAAGGAUAAUGGUAUUCUUCUCAUCCGUAUACAUUAUAGUUGGAUGAACAAUUUAUGGAACUUGGACAACGAACUUUGGAAAUGUAUCAACGACAAAUCAGGUCAACAAAUAAUUACUCUUCCAAACAACCAUCCCCAUUACUAUUGGGUUCACCAACCACCAAAGAGAGAGUUUAUGAAAUGGUAUGUGAAGAACUACAACGAUCUGGAAGAUGGUGAUGAAGAAUAUGAAGAAAUAGAUUAUGAUCAAGAUGUUUAUGAAGAGGAAGAACAAGAAGAAGAUAAAGAUGAAGAUGAAGAAGAAAUAGAUGAAGAUGAAGAAGAAAUAGAUGAAGAUGAAGAAGAAAUAGAUGAAGAUGAAGAAGAUAAAGACUUAGAAGAAAUAGAUGAAGAUGAAGAUGAACAAUAG